AUGUCGACGGGGGCGCCGCCCCAGAUUGCGGAUCUCGCGCCUCCAUCCAAUGGACAUGCUCAUGAUCUUAAUCACAGUCAUGGGCACAGCCGCAGUCGUGGCCACAGUCGAACCGCUCGCUGGGCUCGACCACCUCCCAUCUCGGUAGGGAGCUCCAAUGGCAAUCCACCGCCACUUGCGCAGUCGCCGCCGGACGCGGCAAAUGCCAACUAUUCAUAUACUCAUGCAAGCAAGCCAUCGUGGUCUGGUCAUCACUACUCCGCCUCCACCUCUCACUCAAUUUCGCACCACGCACCUACCCACAGCCACAACCACAACCACACCCAUAGCGUGGCAUCCGUUCAUGAUGCGGCGCAUGAUCACGAUAUAAAGGCAGCGUCUGGCGCCUAUACAAAGCACAACUCGCACGGCUCUGAGCAGAUACAUGAGAUAUUCACCGGUUCUCUAAUCGCGUUGCCCUGGAUCGCGCUCUCCUGGUACCCGAGGAAAUGCGCACAGGAAAGCCAAUCCGUUGAGGGCAUCGCGGCUGUAAAUGCUUGCACCUCCGGUUUGGAAAGUGGCCACGCCGGACAGAAGACUCUUUUUUUGACAGCGAUGACUCUUCUUAUUUUUGGAUUCGGCCGGCUUGCGCGAUUGAAUCAUCAAAAUGCAGCUUCAAUGAGCACCUCAUCAAUCAAAUCUCCGACUCCGGAUGGUAAGACCGUCAAGGCUGCCCUUCUACAAAUGCUCUCCAUCGGACUUCCCAUUUUCGCUACUCUGGAGAUCGGGGGGUUCUUGGUCGCAUUUGCAUUACUUCUUGCUAGGGCAUCCGGGCUGCCAAACCUGAUGCAUGCGGAUCUGCGUACUGCAAGCACCGAGCGUUAUACUCAGAAGCCCUAUACGAUUGCUCUUAUUGGAGCAGCCGGAUUAAUGAGCUUUUUGGGCAUGAAUCAAUCCUGGGAUUCCUCGCCUCUCGCUGGGUAUCUUGCACUCACGUUCUCUCUCUUCGUUCUUUCCCCGCCUUUCCCUUCCAUUCGCCGACAGGGACCUAUUCCGGAGCCAGGUCUCGUGGCGGAAAAGGCAUCGGAUGCGAGCCAGUCAUCGGUCCUCGUGACAACCGAUGCACCAUUGGCCCUUGUCUCGGGAGUUUUCUUGGCUGUACUGAGUUUGACUCUUUCUCGAGGGCUGCCCUUCAGUAUGUCGGAACUGGUCUAUCUUCUAGCUCCCGCCGGGCUUUUGGCAGCCUCCCUGAUGGUCUCAUUUCCGAGGGGUCUCCGUUCCCCGAAUAAAGUUGGUCUGGCUGUUAGCGCUGGAGCAGUCGCCCUUUUGUGCUCCCCGCACAUUCGGGAUGAUUUUAUAGUUGUCUAUGUCGCGCGAUGUGUUCUGGCUGCUGGUUCUUUCUUCGCAUCAAGAAUGGAUGACAGCCACCUCCGUUCGGAUGCUCAUUCGCACAACCACUCGCACAGUCAUUCCCACAGCAUGGCCGAGUCUUCACGAGUCACCAAGUGUCUUGUUCACCGCAGCGAAGCCUACCCCUUGCUGCACAGCAUUCUCAAGGAAAAAGAUUCUCGCAGCAUCUUCUACUUCAUGUGCCUCAACUUUACCUUCAUGCUUGUUCAAUUGUCGUAUGGCUUUUUAACUGGCUCUCUCGGACUACUUAGUGACAGUAUUCAUAUGUUCUUUGACUGCCUUGCACUGGUUGUCGGACUGUGUGCCGCUGUUAUGAGCAAAUGGCCGCCCAAUGCUCAGUUCCCCUAUGGUUAUGGCAAGGUAGACACCUUGUCCGGAUUUGCCAAUGGAAUUUUCCUUAUGAUCAUCAGCGUGGAAAUCAUUUACGAGGCAGUGGAGCGUUUAUCAUCUGGAAGCGAAAUGCAUCGCCUUGGCGAGCUGCUGGCUGUCAGCAUUGCCGGUCUGGCGGUGAAUCUGGUCGGCAUUUUCAGCUUCGAGCACGGCCACCACCAUGGCCAUGAUCACGGGCACGGGCACGACCACUCUCAUGGCAAUGAGAAUAUGCACGGCAUUUUCUUGCACAUUUUGGCCGACACCCUUGGCUCAGUGGCGGUGGUCAUUUCUACCAUUCUAGUGCACUAUACCGGGUGGGCUGGAUAUGAUCCUCUGGCAUCAUGCUUUAUCGCCAUAUUGAUCUUUGCCUCGGCAAUCCCGCUGGUUAGUAGCACGGCUAAGACCCUGCUGCUGACCUUGCCUGCCGAUACCGAGUAUAAUGUUCGUGAAACUCUUGCCGGAGUGAGCACUUUACGGGGUGUGGUCAGCUACACGGUGCCAAAGUUCUGGCUUGACGACACCAGUGCGAACUCGUCUGGACAUGACCACGCUCAUUCUCAUGACCACUCUGGUCAUUCUGUCUGUGAUCACGGUCAUGGUCACGGUCAUAGCCACGCUCACAAUCACGAUGACCGCAGUCACGGCCACAACCAUGACCACGAUCACAGCCACGAUCAUGAUCAUGCCCACGACCACGACCACGGCCACGCACACGAACACGAACACGAACACGAACAAAAGAAACAAAAGGUUUUUGGUGUGAUUCACGUCAUUGCUUCUCGUGGGUCAGAUCUGGAAGAUGUUCGGCAACGAACUGUCAGCUAUCUCCAGGAUAAGGGCGUGGAUAUAGUGGUUCAGGUGGAGCGUGAUGGCGAUGGGCGCUGUUGGUGCGGUGGUGGACAUAAGAGCUCUUAA